GCGUAAGCUUUUGUCCAGUGCGAUUUCAGCCUUUUUCUAAUGCCUAAUCAUUGGUUCGUCCGUCUGUUGUAAUAUCAUAUAUAAGCUCCCUCGCUCCCAUGAAUUUUUUAUGCUUUCGUUGGCCACCCACUCACCCAUCAACUAGCCAUGACCUCAACUCACCAGGUGUCUACCAGCACUGCUGUCACAACUGUGGUUCCCCUACCAGUCAACAGAGAUGCUAUAUCUAGCAGUUCGGUUAACAAACAACCACCAGUAUGGUCACUGGAUUCCAACGGAACCUCAACUCCACCACUUACCGAAAAAUGCGAUAGACUUGGUCGCCAGGAUGGUGUUUGUUGCAAGGAACUCAAGGGCGAAGACGAUAGAACCCUGAUAGAUCCUGAUGUUGUCCGCGACAUCAUUAUUGGAUUGUCGGAUGGCCUGACUGUUCCCUUCGCGCUGACAGCUGGUCUGUCUGGCUUAGGGUCUUCAAGAUUAGUUGUUGUCGGCGGCCUUGCAGAACUUAUUGCAGGUGCCAUAUCGAUGGGAAUAGGUGGUUUCCUUGCAUCCCAGGCUGAGCGGGACCAUUAUCGGUUCAUGCGACGUCACACCUACUCACGGGUGAUGCGGAGUUGCAUUGGGGAAAUGGAGAGAGAGGUAUACACUGUUUUGGGUUCCGUCGGUGUCGACGAAUCGGCCUCUCAGGCUGUUGCGAAUUGCCUGUGGAAAAUAGAGGAUGAGCCUGGGUUUGACGGAAGGACACCCGCACCUGCCGAUGAGGAGAAACCAUCGCAGGGGAUGAAGAGCCAGCAUGGGCUAACACCUUUCUUACUGAAAUUUGGAGAGGGGAUGGAGGAAAUUCCGAAUCGCCGACUAUACAUCUCCGCGUUCACUAUCGGCAUGGGAUACCUCCUUGGCGGUAUCAUCCCCCUUCUCCCAUAUUUCUUCCUUUCUCAAGCAAUUGAUGCACUGAAGAUUUCUUGCAUAAUUACUGGGAUAGUUCUUCUCAUAUUUGGCACGGUUAAAGCUCGAGUGACGGGGGCAGCAAGGAAUAUCUGGGGAUAUAUUUGGGGAGCAGUCAGUACGAUGGCUGUUGGCGGAUUUGCUGCCGCUGCCGCAUACGGUUUGGUUAUUGCAGUGGAAGGAUCGUCUAUAUCGUAGCGGCGCUCGGUCAGGCCAGUCCCUGACUCCGCUGUUCUGCAUGAUUAUUUAGCUCAUUCGGAUUGUGUAUCGACUUCGACAUAGUAGACCAUACGCCCUAAUCUAAAAAAACCAUGAUGUUCAAUA